AUGACUAUAACCCGACCCUAUACAGUACCUAUUAUUGCCAGCGACUUACGUCGUGCCGAACUUGUUAAACAAUUCGCUGAUAUAUUCGAACAUGUGGAAGCUAUAUUGCAAGAUAUAUUAAAUCGCGUAACUAUACGUCUCAAUGUUUACCGUGCACAACUAAAAGAAUUUGAUGAACGCAUCCAACAUGGUAAUACCCAUAUUGAUCAUAUUCAAGGUUCAAAACAUGCUAUUCAAGUUCAUUCAAGUGCAACUUAUCCAGUUGAAAAAUAUCGCUCGACAUAUAAAUCAAUAUUUGAAAGUGAUACAUAUAAUGAAGAUGAUCAACCGUUUGCACUUCAUUAUAAUUUAUUUCACUUAAAUGAAGCAAUGGAUAAAUUUAUUGAUUGUAAUGAUAACAAUUCAAAGUCUAAUGAUGAUAGAUUAAUUAUAUUAAAUCAAUAUGAAGAUAAUUUUAUGCAAAAAACAAAGAAAGAUGUUUUAAAUGGUUUAGGUAGACUACCAAUUAAUAUUAAAUCAGUGGUUUCAUUGCUUAAAUAUAGAACAAAAGAAAAUUCGCAUUCAACAAAAUCUGAUUCAUUAAAUGUAGGCAAACGUAUUCGUAAGCAAAUCAACGAAUCUACUCAACCAAGUAUGGAUGAAAUAUUGUUACCUUCAUUUCAUAAAGAAAAUUCUGAACGUCCAGCAGUAGAUAAUUUUGCUUAUAAUCCUACAAUAGGUCUUGUACCUCAACUAUCUUUGCCGGAUAAUUUACCAGAACUUGAUAAAUGUGCAACUUUCGAUUAUGAUCCUACCAACUAUUGGGAUUUACCAUCAUCAGUGAUAACCAGUACGUCUCCAAUUGAAUCUUCAGAAAUAAUUGUACCGACCAUUACUCUCACAUCGACUUCAGAUUUUGUUCCCAUUCGAGUUCCAUCACCAAUGCCACCAGCAACUGCUUUACCAUCAUCCUUAGCAAUUCCUCCAUCUUUAACGCUUUCAACAAAUGUUAAUGAAUCCCAGACAUUGAUUAGCAAUGAGUUUAACAAUGAUCAUAGUGGCAAUCUUAAUAGUGGGAAUAGUUUUGAUAAAGAACUUCAUCGUUUUCGUGAAGAAAAGAAACUUAAACCAAUACAAAACUCAAGUCCAGCUGAUAAAAAACAAUUGAUAAACCCACAUGGAUCAGAGUUUUCUGCAGAACAUAUAAUAGCAGAAAUCGCCAAGCGACGUCUAUAUAUUAUUGGUAAAAAAGCAUUAUCAACACCAGAAACUUCUGCAGAUAAUUCAGAUGAAGACAAUCAUGAAUGGGAAGAAGACGAAUAA